CCGGAGCCCGUGCGGGGAUGUCUCGGAGACCCCGCGCUGACUGCUGCUCAAACAUCACGUUGACAUGGAUGAUGAAGAUGGCCGGUGCUUGCUAGAUGUAAUUUGUGAUCCUCAGGCCUUGAAUGAUUUCUUACAUGGAUCUGAAAAGAUUGACAGUGAUGAUCUCCUGGACAACACAGGAGAUGCAGCCAGUGCCUUUUUUGAAGGUGCUGGGCUGCACGUGCAAGAAUCCUCUGGCAAUCAUCUGAACACUGAACAGAAUCAGCCCACAACAAGCGUGGACCUCGACUUUUUAGAAGAUGACAUUUUGGGGUCACCGUCCAGCAGCGGGGCAAACCUUCAGAACUCCGACCAGCCCUGCGACAUUCUCCAGCAGAGCCUGCAAGAGGCGAACAUCACAGAACAGACUCUGGAGGCUGAGGCAGAGCUGGACCUGGGAUCCUUCCAGCUUCCCACGCUUCAACCGGUGGUGCAGACUGCCUCUGAUGGCACCCCACAGAUUUUCUCCAGUGGGGCUGACUUAAUUGGGCUGCAGCAGCCUGCAGUCCUGACGCAUCAGGCACUGGUGCAGCAGUCAGUAGGAGCAGAUGUUGUUAAUAAGGCCAUCAGUGUUCAGCCUUUUCUCCAGCAGGUCGGCUUAGGGAAUGUUACCAUCCAGCCAAUUUCCAACCUGCAGGGCUUGCCCAAUGGAAGCCCGAGUGGGACACUGGGAAUUGGGCCAAUUCAGGUGGUUGGGCAGCAAGUGAUGGCCAUUAACCAGUCGGCACAGCAGAUCAUUGCAAAACAAGUUCAGCCCUCCCAGGUGGCCACCAUGCCUGUUGGCAGUUAUAUCACCCAGACAGCACCUGAGCAGCAGCAGGUCACCCUUGCCUCAACAGGGGUUUCUCCACAGAACGCUGGUCUUGUCAUCCAAAAAAAUCUGCCAGCGGUGGCCACUACAACGCUGAACGGAAACUCGAUGUUUGGGAGCGUGUCUGGUACUCAAGGUUCCCAGCCGCUCACGGUCACUUCGAACUUAAGCAGCCCCCUAGUGCAGGCCCAAAAUGUGAUCAUUCAUAGGACACCCACCCCAAUUCAACCCAAGCCUGCAGGGGUCCUCCAGCAAAAACUGUACCAGAUCACCCCCAAGCCCUUUGGUUCCAACAACACCACCUUGACCAUUCAGAACGAAGCUGCCCUGCAACAGCAAAAGGCCCAGCAGAACCUGACUUUCAUGGCGGGUAAACCAGGACAGAAUGUCGUGCUGUCGGGCUUCCCCCAAGGGCUUCCCGCCAACAUGUUCAAGCAGCCUCCGCCGCAGCAGCAAGCCCUCAACAAGCCCAUGAGCGUGCACUUGCUAAACCAAGGCAGCAGUAUUGUCAUUCCAGCACAACAUGUUCCUCAGGCCAUGUUACAGGGUCAAAACCAGUUCCUCCUUCCCGGGCAGUUAGCAGGUGCCUCUGCUGUUCAGAUACCCCAGCAGCUCUCGGCCCUGCAGGCUAACAUGGGAGGGCAGAUCUUGACCACCUCGCACCCCAGUGGACAAGCCCAUAUCAUAACUAGCCAAGGGCCAGGUGGACAGCUGAUAACCAACCAAGCCUUGCCGGCCCAAAUCCUCACCAACCAGAACAUAGCUAGCCAGCUGAACCUGGGGCAGGUGCUCACCUCGCAGAACGCCCACGGCACUGCUCACAUCCUCUCUGCCCCCAUCCAGCUCCAGCCCGGGCAGGUGGGUCAGCCAGCCCUGUUCCAGAUGCCUGUUUCUCUAGCUGGCAGUUUGACCACCCAGAGCCAGCCCUCAGUCGCUGCCUCGCUGGCCAGCGGUGCCAUCAACCAGACGGGGCAGACCGUUAUCCAGGGCGUUACGCUGCCAAACCAAGUAGCUAUGCUGAACACCACGGAGAACCUCAACCAGGCUGUCAGCAUUCAGGCGUCUCCGCCGCCGCCCGCUGGGCGGCCAGCGCCGCUGCCCGCGACUUCGCAGCCCAGCCCCAGCUUGGCGUCCAGUCCCGAGAAGAUCAUCUUGGGCCAGGCUGCUGCGGGAACUGUCAUCAACCAAGACUCCAUGCAGAUGUUUCUACAGCAGGCAAGUAAAAUCUCCCUCGGGGACUGUGUUGGUGUCACAGCCCGUUUUCUCUCGAGUACUUGGAGGAAGACCCAGAGCAUGGGUGGGCAGCUGCAGAGGAGCUUUCAGCUGCUUCCGAACCAAUUCCAAACCCUCUCCGCAAUUCCCAACCCUGCUCCUCAGCAGAAGCAAAUACUGGACAGGUUCCAGCAGGUAAAUAAGUACCGUCGAGGCCUGGGAACCGAACGCAAAAGCCGAUGUGUUUCGUGUUUGCCAGGUAUUCCUGCCCCGGUUCCUGCAGAGAGUAAAACGUUCUCUAGUGUUUCCGCACCUAUUUCCGCCGGGAAAGGGACCUCAGCCCAAGGGAAAUCAGGGACAUCUCUUGCUAUACAGCAGCCUGUUCAGACUAAGCCUGGCGUGAUUAGUUCUGUCUCGGGCCUGAACCUUGGAAAAGGUCCCUUGCAGAUCCAGGUAGUUGGAAAAGGAUUAUCACAGCUCAUGCCCUCAGUCCCCGUGCAAACCCAGCAACUGUAUGACGGCAAACUUGGAAGUCUGAAGAAAGCUCCUACACUACAGCCCAGCAAAGAAGCUUGUUUCCUGGAACAGUUGCAUAAACAUCAGGGAGCGGUUUUGCAUCCCGAUUAUAAGACGUCGUUCCGUUCGUUUGAAGAUGCCUUACAAAGGCUUCUGCCCUAUCACGUCUACCAGGGGAUGCUGCCCUCUACUCAAGACUAUAAGAAGGUGGAUGAGGAAUUUGAAAUGGUGUCUACCCAACUGUUAAAACGCACACAAGCUAUGUUGAACAAAUACCGCCUACUGCUCUUAGAGGAGUCUCGGAGAGUCAGUCCUUCUGCGGAGAUGGUGAUGAUUGAUCGCAUGUUCAUACAGGAAGAAAAGACCAUGUUAGCGCUUGAUAAGCAACUGGCAAAGGAGAAACCAGAUGAGUAUGUUUCGUCAUCGUCCCGCUCACAGAGCCUUUCUUCCUCUGUGGCUCUGGCUUCCGUAUCCAGUGUUGCACCCGCUUCCGAGAACUUAAAGGUGCCCCCAGUGCAGACCGCCACUCAGAUCAACCCCACCAAACUGGUUAUCAAGCACAGCGGAGGCUCCCCAUCGGUGACAUGGGCCAAGGCUUCACCUUCAUUAGAUGGAGAUGAGGAUGCUUUGCCUUCAAGGAGCAAACCCCCGAUCAAAACAUAUGAGGCACGUAGUCGAAUCGGCCUCAAGUUGAAGAUCAAGCAGGAGGCUGGUCUCAGUAAAGUGGUCCAUAACACCGCUUUGGAUCCUGUUCACCAGCCACCUCCUGUGUGCAGAGUCAUCAAAACAACUGACCAGCACGCUUCAAGUGCUGUCACCACUACCACCACCACCUCCACCACUGCCGGGCAAAUGAACGGGACUGUCGAUCACGUAACCUCAGCUCCUGUGGAGAAGAAGCCCAUAGUGACCUACUGCAGGCUUCCUCUCCGUAAGACUUACCGGGAGAACGUGGAUGCUUUUGUAGCAGAUAAACCCUCUGAGGCCUGCCCAAAAGGGAGCACCCCGAAAGUUGAUAAAAUCCCCAGCACCCUUGUGAUCAAGCAGGAGGAUGGAUCCAGGAGCGUGAUCACCUCUCACAAAACCCAUGACAGCCCCACAGCAGCUGCGACAGAGAAGAGCCGGCCAGAGGAGAGCUCCAAGCUUCUGUUCUUCAACAGAAGCGACGCCCGCUCUCUCGUGAUGCAAGAUAGUCCCGCCCCACAGAAGACCGAUGACUCUACCAGUGGCCUUAUGAAGGAACUUGCAGAAGUCGAGGAUGAGUUUUAUCAUGGGAUGAUAAAAACGGAGCCACCUGAUCACAGCUCUGGCUCAGAACUCACUUGGGAGGUGCCCUUGCCCCCGGCCAAACGCAGAAAGUCAGAGUCCUUUGAUGUGGAUAACGCCAGCUUCUCCAGCGACAGCCCCCAGGACGACUCCCUCAAUGAGCACCUACAGAGCGCCAUCGACAGCAUCCUCAACCUGCAGCAACCUCAGACUGGGGGCCAGAACAUCCGGACACCCUCCUCCUCUUACAACUCCUCCUCCUCCCCUUUCUCUUCACCUGUCCACCGUACAGACACUUACCUUGCCCCUAAUCACAACGGCGGCCUUGGAGCAAGGACGUUAAACAGAUAACAGAAAACCAAACAGAGCAGCAACUGGACAAUAAGCAAGGACCGAAGAAGAAGCUCUUGCUGGUUGGAUACGGUUGAGCGCCAUGGGGUGUCAUUGGUGCCACCUCCCAGAGACCCGAUUGUACGGGCCUGGGACAACAGGAGUGGGGAAAGGAGGGUGUCCUAAUGAUGCUUCAUCCAAGUGUUGAUAUGAUGGGUUUUAGAUGUUGUAAAGUACAAGCUAAGGCUGGAUUUACAAUACACUCGUCUCAUCAAAUACACAGUAUCACGGCAAGUGAGAAGCAACCAAGCAUUUGGGGGUGGACUGGUGGGGCCCAUAGGUAUUGUUGGCUGUGUAAUUUAGAUUCUGUAACAAAUUGCUAAUAUGAAUAUCUGAUCGGUCUAUUUUCUCUUUCCCCCCACUCCCACCCCAGCUAUCUUUAAACUUUGAGCAGAUUGCUAAUCAAACCAGUGGGAGGCCAAAGAGGACUCUGCAGUAAUUGCCACAGAGGCAAAAUUUAUUGUUCGUUUUUAAGUUAUUUCAAAUAUCAUGUGGGCUUUUGGACCCUCUCAUUGGUCAGCAAAGGGCAAAAAAAAAAAAAAAAGGCAAGCAAAGGCAAGAAAGGAAACGCAAACACUAAUCGCUAGAGUGAAGGAAAAGUUCACAGUAGCUCAGUAAGUUUUACGGCUUGAAGAGGAGGAAAUCCCUCGGGGACUAGCUGUGGGUGGGACGGAGCCGGAGAGGGGAGAUAGCAGGGAGGGAGCUCCUGCGGUCGCUCUGUCGGGAGACGUGGGGUCUCGCGUUGCUUUCUGCGGCGCUCCGUGACAGCCUGGCGUUUCGGCAGCGGUCGGGCGAGGCGGGCGCAAGCAGAGCGGCGGGAGGCAUCGCGCCGCCGCGUUUCCUGCGCGGAGCCGGGCAAAGGCAGAGUGCCCAAACGCCCCAGGGUUUGCACGCCUCCUCCGCCUUUCUGUCCUUUCAUCCUUAGCUGCUAGGAGUUGUUUUCUUAUUCUAUGAUUUUGGUUUUCUUUCUCCUCGGCGGCCUCUUCAGAUAAGAGAGGAAUUCCCUCCCUCUCUGGAGGAGUCAUUAGGUGCUUGGAGGGGUUCCUGCUCGGAAAGCCUGUGCUCUUGAAACCGCUCGUCUUCUGGUCAAAGAGGACUAGGCGUCUCGUCAGGAUGUCGGUGCUCCUCCUUCGCUACUUGGGAGGAAACUGUUCGAGGAGGCAAGUAACUCCUUGUUCUCCGUUUCUGCCGCCUUGCUAGCCCCACGUAGCCUCCGAGGGGAAGAGCCUUGGGAGUCGGGUCGGACGUGGGUCGUCCUCUUUAACGGCACUGCUUCUACCAGGUCAUCGGGCUUGCUCGACCUUCUCCUGGGUCUUCGCGUUCUUUAUAAGUAUCUGAUUUUGCUUUUCCUUUUUGGUUUCCGCCGCCGGGUCCUGCCGCGGUCCCUCCGCAUCUCGCAGGUGCUGGGUGUCGGAGGCAGGCGGUGGCGUUUAGAAGCGCUGUUAGAUUUACGUGAGAAGUUGGAUGCUGUGAUCAAAGUGCCACUAUCAGGUACCAGGUCCUUUUGCUGUCACAGUUGAGCCCUGCCACCUGCCUUAUGUUAACAGAUUCCAGAUUCGGUCACUGGAUUCUGAAGAGGGGAGAGAGAGCACCCCCAGGUCUCCCAAUCCCGAUUUGUCGCUGUUUGAGGUUGCCUGCCAAAAUUACGAUCAGGACAGGUCUGCAGAAAGUUUGUUUCCAACAAAAAAAACCCCAACACCAUUGUUUUCUCAUCCUGCUCCAGUUUUUGCCCUCUUGCGCGAGCCUGAUCACUGUGCCUGAGGUCAAAGUUGCACCAGAUUGACACUGAAAAUGCCAGCAAAUGCGAGCUUUCGGGGGGAAAAUGUGAGGUUGUAAAACAACACCCUUACAAAAAUAAGUACUUUUGUCUAAUGCCAGAAGCUCCAAGGAGGAUCUGUUUAUUCCCACUAUGCCUUAUUAUUUCCUUGCCCAGACGGAUGGUGACGUUUUUCCAUUUUUCCCCACGUGCGUCCAUGCGUAGCAUAACCUAACUGCGGGUGUGAAUGUUGUGUGUCUGUGCCUGUACGCUGUCUGUUUGACAUGCAUCCCGUUAGAGCUCUUUCACUCACUUUUCCUCCCCUCUUUUUCCUUUUGAAGGCAAUAAGUGUUUUGGCUUUAAGUGCCAUCAGGAGCAUGUGCCAUUGUCCUGUUUCCUUCAAAGGCUAACUUAUUCAUUAACCUGCUCUGAGAGUAUGUAUGCACACAUAUACGUACAUCUGCAUAUAUAUAUAUUUGUGCGUGUGGGAAAGAAUGCGUGUAUAUAUAU